CGGAUCAGACUGAGAUUUUAUAAGACUCGGGAAAAACAGUUUUAAUUUAAAAUAAAAGUAAAAUGGCGGUACUUAAAGUAUUGAUAGUAAUAUUGAGUAUUGGAUAUACAUUUGGAGCUCCUGUUAAAAUCACGGAUGAAAAAUUACGAUUUAAUAUCGGAUAUGUGUGGCCAUGUGAAACUACCAAAAAUAUAUAUAAAAAUCACAACCUAUUCAAUAGCAAAAAUAUAAUCGCUACGAGAAGUGUAGUUCACAAUGACGACGCUAUUAUUGCUAUGCCGAGAUUCAAAUCAGGAGUACCAGUGACUUUAGGAAAAAUUUCACUGCGAAAUAAUGGAGAAUCUCCAGUAAUAAAUGCGUACCCGUGUUGGUCACUUCAAGAAGAAGGCAAUUGUGCAGCUCUACAGAAUGUCGUCGACAUUUUUCUUGAUCCGCAAGGGAUACUUUGGGUAUUGGAUACCGGAGUAGUAAAUACUCUUGAAAAACCUGUUCGCAAAUGCCCACCAAAAGUCGUCGCAUUCAAUUUGAGUACAGAUAAGCUCAUUAAAGUAGUCGACUUAAGUAAGUUGACAACGGACUCUUCCCGACUCCAGUACGUCAUUGCUGAUUAUGGCGAAAAUGGUCAUGUUUACAUUUAUGUAACUGAUGCGGAAUCCGGUGCAAUUUUAGUCCAUGACGUAACAACAGGACAGAGUCGCAGUGUCGGUUUGCCUCAGGAUAUUUUAGCAACAACUUCAAAACGAGAUGUGCUAACUCCCGUACUUAUACGACGUGCUGACGGCUCUACGUGUCUUAUUUUCACUUAUCUCAGUAGUUCUCAUAUUUAUGUCGUCAGUACUAAAAGUUUGCAAACCGGAGAGUCAAUAAAGUUCCACGAUCUAGGUCAGAAAAAGGCCAAAAUCGUCAUCCUGGGUACGGAUAAUGGCACUGCGAUGUUUUUCCGUUACGAAGGAAAGUCAGAUAUAUACCGUUGGGAUACAAGUCUCAGAUUUGUGGAAGAACAUUUCGAUAGAGUGUCAACUGGUGAUGAUAUCAUGUUCGCAACUCACGUAACUCCUGAUUAUAGAACAGAAAGAAUGCGCGCUCUUGAAUCAAAUUUCCCAGACUUUAUUCAGGGUACUGUUGGCUGUGGUGUUGAACAUACAUUUAAUACCCUGUAGAUAUUUUAUUAUUUUA